GUUUCUUAGAGAAUCUCACUCCGGAAGAUUGAACUAGACAUUUUCAAUGCAAAAAAAUACUACCAAAAAUGUACAAAAGGAGCAUGCAGAGGACGUCCCUUCCUCUUCCAGAUUUAAAUGGAAGAUUGAAAACAUUUCUAAAUUGAAUGAUGAAAGUCGUUUCUCGCCUAUUUUCAAAAUAGGUCCUCAUAAAUGGCGAUUGCUGGCUUUUCGAAGGGGAUGUAAUAUGAAUGGUUACUUGUCAAUCUACGUGGUUGCUAUUGAGUGUAAGGAAUGGCAAUUUGCGAAAUUCAGUUUGUCACUUGUUGAUCAAACAAAUAACAAGAACACACUGAAAAAGAUACGGAAGACAUGUUCCGGUUCACCAAGGAUGAGAACGUCUGGGGCUUUGAUGAGUUCAUAAAGUUAGAAGAGCUUAAAGAUCCUAGCAAUGGGUAUAUAGUGAAUGAUGCUUGUAUUGUUGAAGUUCAAUUCUGUUUAGACUCAAUACAAGAUUUUAAAGAGGAGGUGUUGCCUAUGGAACUCAUGGAAUCUGUCGAGGAGAGGGAC